AUGUAUCCACGAUUUCUGAGCCGCAACUAUCCGCUGCACAAGGAUCUCUUCUUCUCCACGAGAUACUCGUUCAGUCUCCUCGGUCUGCGCUUCGAGAAGAAGCCCACCAUCUGGUCGACUGCUUGGCUCAUCUUUAACUUUAUGAAUCUGGCGCAUUGUUGCCAGGCUGAGUUCAGUUUUGGCUGGUUUUACAUACGCAUCAGUCCCGUCGAUGCCAUGGAUGCCUUCUGCCCACUGGCCUGCAGCCUGACGACGCUCUACAAGAUGGCCUGCAUGUGGUACAGUCGCUCCGAGGUGGCCCUGCUCAUGGGUCGCAUUCGUCAGCUGACCGAACAGCAGAGUGGCGAGCAGCGGGAUGAGUUGAAGCGUCGCUACUACCGCAUGGCCACGCUGUUGAGUAUGCUUAUGUUCACGCUGGGCUCCAUUAACACGGCGGCAUUUGUGCUGCGCUCCUUGUGGGAGAUGUGGUCACUGCGCCACGAGCCCUUCAAAUACGACAUGCCCUUCAGAAUGCACUUUCCUGCCAUCGCUCACCGUUUGCCUUUGUAUCCGCUGGCUUAUCUCUAUUCCACUUGGUACGGUCAAGUCACAGUCUAUGCCUUUGUGGCCACCGAUGGCUUCUUCUUCAGCUUUACGCUCUACGUCACUUUUCUGCUGAAAGCACUGCAAAUGGACAUUCAACGUGUGCUUAAAUCCAUGCGUUAUGAUCUCAGCGAAGGCGAGUCGAAAAAGUGCUGUCAGCAGCUGCACAAUAUCAUCGAUCGCCACAACGAUAUCGUUGGCAUUGUGGAGCGUUUCUCAGCGAUUAUGGCAGCGCCCACUUUUGCUCAGUUCCUAUCAGCCAGCUUGGUGAUAGCCACCAGUGUUAUCGAUAUACUUAUGUAUUCUGGGUACAAUAUCAUUCGCUACGUGGUCUACGCCAGCACGGUGAGCUCGUGUCUCUUUCUCUACUGUUACGGAGGCACCGAAAUGUCCAUGGCGAGCCUGGAACUGGGUGAAUCGGCAUACAAUAGCUACUGGUAUCAGUGGGAUCGCAAGGUGCGACAGCGUGUCUAUCUGCUCAUCAUGCGCGCCCAGCGACCCAUCAUGGUGCAAGUGCCCUUCUUUGCGCCCUCGUUGCCGGUCUUCACAGCGGUCAUCAAGUUUACGGGCUCCAUUGUGGCGCUGGCCAAAACCAUUCUCUAGUCUCGGUAAGAGACAAAAUAAGAAGAAAAAUAAAUUGCAUCAAGUUGCUGGCGCCAAGAGAUUCGCUUGCAUGCGAAUACUUUUUCAAGUGUCUGUCACUUCGCACUUACCCUAAAAGUAUGCAGCACUUUUUAUGCACCCGAGAGACGAUUUUCAUCAGUAGAAAAAACAUCAUUCCUUUGCUCCCCCCUUUACGGCAUUACUCAAAUAUUUGCAGUGUAUGUACGUAAAUAAUUUGUUGAAUUUAUGAAAAUAUUGCAGGAAUUUGUGUUGACACAGUUCAAUGAUUUGCCAAGGAAUUUUCAGUUUUACAGCAGCUUUGUUUCUCACACAAUUCCUCAGCCAGUUUACUUAUAGUAUUUGCAAUUUGAAUUUCGGAAGAGUUCGUAUAAGAAAUUUUCGUAUUUUUGACUUUACUCAUUUCAAUUUACUUUGUGGCGCAACAACGACAACGACAACAACAGCCAGUUACCAACUGGCAUUGACGUCAAAAGGCUUCAGUAACGAGGACACAACAACAACACAAAGGACUCUUCUGUUCACAUACAUACAUACAUAAAUAUAUACAUAUAUAUGAACCCGGUUGAUUAA